UCUCGCCCUCCACAUCAUCCCACUCUCUCUCACCCAACGAAUUCCCUCGCAAAUCCGUCCAAGUUCAUCGACACAAGAAGCUCGAGCUCGCUGUGUGUGCUUGCAAUGGCGGGGGUGCACACGCACAGGGCGUUCCUGCUCUGCAACUACCUCCUCCUCGGCGCCGCCUCGGGCUGCAUCUUCCUCACGCUCUCCCUCCGCCUCCUCCCGUCCCCGUGCGGCCUCCUCCUCGUCUUCCUCCACGCCCUCACCGCCGUCCUCGCCGCCGCGGCCUGCUCGGGCUCCUUCACCGCCCCCGGCGGCGGCGGUGGCACGCACACGGCGCACACCGCGUCCGCCGUCCUCACCGCCAUCUUCCAGGGUGCCGCCGCGCUGCUCGCCUUCACCCGCACCGGCGACUUCCUCGCCGAGCUGCGGUCCUACGUCCGGGAGGAGGACGGCGAGGUGAUCCUCGAGCUCGUCGGCGGGCUCGGCGCCGCCAUCUUCGUCCUCGAGUGGGCCGCUCUCGCCCUCGCGUUCGCGCUCCGCCUCGGCGACGACGGCGCCGACGGCGACGAACACGACGGCGGGUACGCCAAGAGCUGGCAAUCAGGUUACCAUGUCUGAUCCAUCGAGACUGAUGAACAGAGAAGCAUAAGAGAGGAAUUCUUCGAUUCUUCUUUUUUCUUUGUGUUUAUUUACUGAAUUCGUGCGGCUAUUCAGCUGUGAUUACAGUGUUGCUGCAAUUUUUUUUUACUGCUCUCUUCUUGGCUUCUUGAACUAAAGAAGUGCAAGGCAAAUGUAUUGCUUUGCUGUGUAGUAUUCGUUUUCCUUUACCGGAUCUGGUAUAAAUUAGAGGAAAUCAUGUCAUUCGCUUGAAUGAAAUUUGUCAAAUUUCUCGUAAA